CCUCAAACCUCACUACUCUCCUUUCAGCUUCAAAAAAAAAAAAAAAAAAAAAAAUAGAAUUCCUCUUUUCUCCCUAUACAGCAACAAUGGCUAAAGGAGGCAAACUAACCAAACUCAAAUCAGUCCUGAAAAAAAUGCAAUCUUUCAAACUUGGACGCGUAAACAGCAGCACCAUCGUAGCUACACAUCAUCAUUCUUCCUCGGACGAUGACGAUAAUAAUUCAUUUUCCGACAAGAAUUUAUAUCCUGUCUAUGUCGGAAAAUCUCGUCGUCGGUACCUAGUAAACUCCGAAGUUGUUGACCAUCCGCUUUUCCGUGAACUUGUCGAAAGGUCAGGUGAAUCUGAAGAAUAUAUUACAGUUGGUUGUGAAGUCGUUUUGUUUGAGCAUUUGUUAUGGAUGCUUGAAAAUGCUGAUCCUCAACCUGAGUCAUUAGAUGAGUUGGUUGAGUUUUACUCUUGCUGAUGUGGAAUAACCGUCAGUAACUGAAAUGGAAAAAAUAACUGUGACGUGGACGUGGUAAUUGGAGAUGAUCACUAUCGAGUAUAUACGUUGUAAUGUAAUUUUUUUCUUCUUUUUUCUCUUUUGAUUUUGAUUAAUUAGCGUUAGACGAAGGAGGGGAAAGAAAGAGGAUUAGCCCAAGGCAAAUCUCUUGAUAUUGAAGAGACAAGCCUAAUGGGUGAUUUGUUAUUCCAUUAAUGCAUGUUCCAUUCUUUCCUUGUACUAAGUUUUUAUGCUUAUCCAUUUUGUCCUUCAAUUUC